AUGGAACUAGUAUUUUAGAAAAAUUUCAAUAAUGUGAAUGAUGUGCUCACAAAAAUAGGUUAGCCUACAUAUAAGAGUGUAAAUGAAAUUAACAUCGAAUAAUUAGAUAAGCUAAAAGGCAUUAGAUCAAAAUAAUCAGUAUUAUUUAACCAGCGAUUCUUAGAAAAUAAUGAAUCUAUUGCGAACAGGGUCAAUAAUGUUAGAGUUAGAGCAAUUAUAAGUGGCGUAAAUUUAAAUCUGCGCUAUAGGUAAUUGCCACACCUGAUUCUUUAUUCAGAUGAAUUGAGAUAAAGAUAUUCCUAAUAUUUCUGGGAUUAUGAACUCAUUUUCCGUGCAGGAAUAUUUGGAGUUGCUUAUCUUUUGAGUGAAUUACACUAUAAGUUACUUCAAUGGAUUUUAAAGCAUGGAAUUAAAAUUGCAGACAAAAUCGUAGGUUAUUUUAUAGACAAAGAUUCUAUGAAUAGGUAAUGGUUCGGAGCCUUAUUGAUAUCUUAUCUGACUUAUAAAUUUUCGAGUGGUAUUGAAAAAUAUUUUGAUAUUUACUCAAUUUAUUAGGGAUAUAAGCUAUAUAGUGAUGAUUUCUAAUCAGACAUCAGAAAUUUUAAAAAAUCAAUAGAUUACUUUGAAAAGAGAUAAGAAUGA